UCCUGGCGCGAGCCAGAGGCGGGCGCUCCGGGGAGCCCCAAAUCCUCCCUGGGACAAACAGGGGACAGCGUCCCUGCAGCCUGGGCUCGGUCACGGAACCUGCCCGUGAGCCAGCGAACCGACGGCAGCAGCCCGUGCGACUCCCCGACACUCCUGAAGAAGAGGGCUGAGGUCCCCGUCGGCGAGGGCGGAAGUGGUUCUGCGGACCCCAGGAUGACAGUCCUAGGGUGCCCUCGACGUUGGAACUGCCCGUGGUUGCCAGUCCUGAUACUGCUGCUGGGCACAGACCGGGGGCCGGGGGUGCAUGGUGUGACACAUUACAAAGCCGGUGACCCUGUCAUUCUGUAUGUCAACAAAGUGGGUCCUUACCAUAACCCUCAGGAAACUUACCACUACUACCAGCUGCCGGUCUGCUGCCCCGAGAAGAUCCGUCACAAAAGCCUCAGCCUGGGCGAAGUGCUGGAUGGGGACCGCAUGGCCGAGUCUCUGUACGAGAUCCGCUUUCGGGAGAACGUGGAGAAGAGAGUGCUGUGCCACAUGCAGCUCAGCUCCGCACAGGUAGAGCAGCUGCGCCAGGCUAUCGAGGAACUCUACUACUUUGAGUUUGUGGUCGAUGAUCUGCCAAUCCGCGGCUUUGUGGGCUACAUGGAGGAGAGUGGCUUCCUGCCACACAGCCACAAGAUAGGACUGUGGACUCAUUUGGACUUCCAUUUAGAAUUCCAUGGAGAUCGCAUCAUAUUUGCCAACGUCUCAGUGCGGGAUGUCAAGCCCCACAGCCUGGAUGGGUUGCGGUCCGACGAGCUCCUGGGCCUCACCCACACUUACAGUGUGCACUGGUCUGAGACUUCAGUGGAGCAGCGGAGUGAUCGGCGGCGUGGUGAUGAUGGUGGUUUCUUUCCCCGGACGCUGGAAAUCCACUGGUUGUCCAUCAUCAACUCCAUGGUGCUGGUGUUUUUACUGGUGGGUUUCGUGGCUGUCAUUCUCAUGCGUGUGCUACGUAAUGACCUGGCGCGGUACAACCUCGAUGAGGAGACCACUCCUGGCGGUGCUGGCGAUGACUUUGACCAGAGUGACAAUGGCUGGAAAAUUAUCCACACGGAUGUCUUCCGUUUCCCUCCCUACCGUGGGCUGCUCUGUGCCGUGCUUGGUGUGGGUGCCCAGUUCCUGGCCCUUGGCACUGGCAUCAUUGUCAUGGCAUUGCUGGGCAUGUUCAACGUGCACCGUCAUGGAGCCAUUAACUCGGCAGCCAUCCUGCUGUAUGCCCUAACCUGCUGCAUCUCUGGCUACGUGUCCAGCCACUUCUACCGGCAGAUCGGAGGCGAGCGUUGGGUGUGGAACAUCAUUCUCACCACCAGUCUCUUCUCUGUGCCUUUCUUCCUGACAUGGAGUGUGGUGAACUCGGUGCACUGGGCCAAUGGCUCAACACAGGCCCUGCCGGCCACCACCAUCCUGCUGCUGCUGACCGUGUGGCUGCUCGUGGGCUUCCCCCUCACCGUCAUCGGCGGCAUCUUCGGCAAGAACAACGCCAGCCCCUUCGAUGCACCCUGUCGCACCAAGAACAUCGCCCGCGAGAUCCCACCCCAGCCCUGGUACAAGUCGACUCUGGUCCACAUGACUGUUGGAGGCUUCCUGCCAUUCAGUGCCAUCUCGGUGGAGUUGUACUACAUCUUCGCCACGGUGUGGGGCCGUGAGCAGUACACGCUCUAUGGCAUCCUCUUCUUCGUCUUCGCCAUCCUGCUGAGUGUGGGUGCCUGCAUCUCCAUUGCCCUCACCUACUUCCAGCUGUCGGGGGAGGACUACCGCUGGUGGUGGCGAUCCGUGCUCAGCGUCGGCUCCACCGGCCUCUUCAUCUUCCUCUACUCCGUCUUCUACUACGCCCGCCGCUCCAACAUGUCUGGGGCCGUGCAGACUGUCGAGUUCUUCGGUUACUCCCUGCUCACCGGCUAUGUCUUCUUCCUCAUGCUAGGCACCAUCUCGUUUUUUUCUUCCCUCAAGUUCAUCCGUUACAUCUAUGUGAACCUCAAGAUGGACUGAGAGGUCUGCGGCGCCCACCCUACUGGUGGCUGUCCUCUGCCUUUCUUCCUACCCUGGACUGAGGGACUGAGUCGUGUGAGGGGAGGGUCAUCUCCCUCUCUGUUCUUGGGGCUCCCCCUCCCCAAGAGGACCUGGAAAUGAGCAAUCACAAUUACAUAAGGAACUUAUAUAUUCCAACGUUUCUGAGUUGCCUUUUAGUUUGGGUUCUGUUUUUUUCUUCCUAAAAUGAUGACAAUAAAAUUUAUUA